AUGCCGGGGACCCUGCGACCGGUGCCGCAUGCCUCCCGGGUGCUGUGUGAGGAUGUGUGUGAGCAGACGCCUCUGGCCUGUCACGUGCCCUGUACCAUCUCCACAUCUUCGUCCUUGUCUCAUGGGGAUUCCAGGGGCCUUGGGGGGCAGACAGUGGUGCCCAACUUGGUGAAGAGGGUGCUUGUGAGCCAGGACCUGGCCAUGGGGUCCCUCGGGCCGUCCAGCCAGGGGGUCGGCCGUGAGCCUCUGAGCCGGGCCCUGUGGGAGGCUGACUCCCCCCCAGUGCCGGCCGCGCCCCUCGGCUGCACCUUUCCUGUCACGUGUCCCAGCCAUGGCCCAGGACCCCCCAGGAGCUCUCCUCAGGGGCUGUCGCUGUCUUGGGAGUCCGGGGCCUGCUUGCCACUGUGGGGACUGCUUGCCACGGACUCCGUCUCGCUCCAACCUUCCAUCCGCUUCCAGGGCAGCCAGGGGCACAUCUGCGUCCCCCAGCCCGCCUGCCCCACCGAGGCCCGCGCCUUCUCCUUCUACCUCUCCCACGUGGGCCGCGACAGCCCCCAGGGCAGCUUCGACUGCGUCCAGCAGUACGUCUCCAGCCAUGGGGACGCGCGCCUGGACUGCCUGGGCAGCAUUCAGGACAAGAUCACCGUGUGCGCCACUGACGACUCCUACCAGAAGGCGCGGGAGAGCCUGGCGCAGGCUGAAGAGGAGACACGCAGCCGCGGUGCCAUCGUCAUCAAGCCGGGGGGCCGCUACCUGGGCAAGAAGGUCCAGUUCCGAAAGCCGGCGCCGGGCACCACAGAGCCUGUGCCCUCCCGCAAGCGGGCCACCCCCAUCAACCCUGCCAGUGCCCUCCGCAGGGCUGGAGCCGGUGUCUCCCAGCGGCCGCUGCGCGACCGGGUGCUGCACCUGCUGGCGCUAAGGCCCUACCGCAAGGCCGAGCUGCUGCUGCGGCUGCAGAGGGAUGGACUCACGCCGCAGGACAAGGACGCGCUAGACGGCCUCCUGCAGCAGGUGGCCCACGUGAACGCCAGGGACGGCGCCUGUGUGCUGAGGGACGACGCCUACAAGGACGUGCAGAGGGACUGGCCGGGCUACUCGGAGGGCGAUCAGCAGCUGCUACGGCGCACGCUCGUCCGGAAGCUGUGCCAGCCGCAGGCCUUGGGCGGCCCCCCCACAGACCCUGCUGCAUCCAGCCCUCCCAGGGAGCACAGCAGAGCCCCCUCUCCCCCCCAGAAACGGCCCCCACCCCUGGAUUUCAUCGACCCCCUCGCCCACAAGAAGCCCAGGGUCUCCCACUUCGCCCAGAGAGCUCAGCCCACCCUCAAUGGGAGGCCCGGUGGCCGCGAGGCCCUGCUGCCCACCCCGGGCCCAGCGGCCCCCGCAGCCCCAGCCGCCCCUGCUGCCCCCCACCUGCCCCCACUGCUGGAGCUGCCGCGGCCUCACGACCCCCUGACCGACGUGAGCAACGACCUGUACCACAGCAGCAGGGACUGCGGGCAGGAGGUGGGCACCCUGGGCCCCCCCGAGCCCACGGACGGUGCCCAGCCCGGCCGGCCCCAUGGCGGCCCCCCACGCGGCAAGUCGCGCAAGAAGCACAAGAAGCACCGGGACAAGGAGACGGCUGCCGAGGACAGGCCCCCAGAGCGGCUACCAGACCCAGAGCCCACCAAGAGCUCGGGGGGCCCCGCCCUGGGGGACCCACCUGACACCCAAGGCCUGGUGGGAGCCUGCGUCAGCUCCAGUGUGCCCACAUCCACCUCGGACACGCCCGACUACCUGCUGAGGUAUGCGGCCAUCUCCUCGCCAGAGCAGCGCCAGCGCUACAAGAACGACUUCAACGCCGAGUACAGCGAGUAUCGUGGGCUGCACGCGCGCAUCGAGCGGGUCACACGGCGCUUCACGCAACUCGACACGCAGCUGCGCCAGCUCUGCCAGGGGUCCGAGGAGUACGAGACGACCCGUGGGCAGAUCCUACAGGAAUACCGCAAGAUCAAGAAGACCAACACCAGCUACAGCCAGGAGAAGCGGCGCUGUGAGUAUCUGCACGGCAAGCUGGCACACAUCAAGCGGCUCAUCGCCGACUUUGACCGGCAGCAGCUGCCCGCCUGGCACUAGCCGCCUGGGGCCGGGCCCGCGGCAGAGUUUCUCUAACAGGAAUAAAUGGGAGGACGGCACACACCUCUGCCGCCGGCCGGGACCUGCCACGUGCCCGGGCACUGCCCUCCCUGGGCAGUUCCUCACAGGCCACCCUGCAGCUCCUGCCCGCGGGUCGCGGCCUGUUUUUCUACAAAAGAGGAAGCGCCUUUUUCUCAGCCUCCUCUCCCUCGGCGCCCGGCUCUGGGCUCCAGGCCGUGAACCUCUGGCAGGAUUCUGACACCAGGAGCGACAGGAUGUUUCUGUGGGAGAGCGUCGGUGGGCAAGGGUCACCCGGCCUCCCGGCCCCUGCCCCCCAGGCCCUCCGCUGCUUCCGUUCCCUGUUGCUGCUCCUCGUCCCCACGCUGUGUGGACUGUGUUUCCAGCGCUGCUGAUGCAGACCCUCCCGUGGUCCGCUCCUGGGGUGUGGGGCGCUCAGUGGGCCCCCACCGGGGUCUGCACUCAGGGAGGGGCUGGGUCAGUGGGGCCGGGGGUCUCGGGAGAGAGCUCAGCAGCGGUGUCUGGCUCUGGCCUCGUGCCCGCAGCCCUGGGGUGUGUGCAAGCGUGCGUGUGCCCGAGCAAGUGCUUGUGUGGGAGCCCCCAGGGCACGGCGGGGUGGGGGGUGCAUUGAUUCUGGUGGCCUGGGGGCUGAAAUGCACCUGUGGGGAUUGUUUCCCCAAGUUCCAAAGAGCUGGUACCUCCCUGCAGGGACCCUGUCCCAGACCUCUGCCCACAGGACCCCUGGGCUUGCAGUGCUUCCAGAAGUGCUGACUCUUCCGCCGCUGUUGGUGUUUUCUGGGGUGGGGGGCUGCCCCCUGGGCCCAGCUCAAAGGAAUCUCAGUUGAAUUUGCCUUUUGGUUGUGUCACUCCUCUCUCCUCUGGCCAAGGAGUUCCGGGGCUGAGGAAGGUUCUGGGCCCGGGGCGGGGGGGCGACUCUGAGCCACAGAGUUGGUGUUUACAGACUUUUCACUUUUGCCAAAAUGUCACAAUUGGGAGGCGUUGCCGCGCCUUCUGCUUUCCUAAUAUUUUCUUAUGAGCCCUGGUGUCCUUUUUGUACACUAAACAGGUGAAUGCUGGUUUUUUCCAACCGACAAUAAAUUUCACUGAAACCAAGAGA